AUGGACAUCAUUGUUGGACUUGAAAGUUCCAAUUUCUGGAGAGAGAAAGCGGGAGAGAGAGGGAUCGGGGAAGAGAAUGGGGUAUCGGACCUCUCGUUAUUGCCGGAAUGUUGCAUUUCGGAGAUCAUAUCAUUGACAUCACCCACGGACGCAUGCAGAGCACCGUCGAUCUCAUCGGUGUUCAAGUCAGCUGCAGAUUCCGACACUGUGUGGGAGAAAUUCCUGCCGUCCGAUUAUACGGAAAUCCUAUCGAGGUCCGUCGCUCCGGUGGUUUACUCCACCAAAAAGGAACUCUACUUUCGCCUCUGUGACACUCCAAUCCUCCUUGAUGCAGGCAAUCUGAGCUUCAUGCUGCAUAAAUGGAGCGGGAAAAAAUGUUAUAUGAUACCAGCAAGAGGGCUUUCGAUUGUGUGGGGAGAUACGCCACAGUACUGGAGGUGGACAUCUUUGCCUGAAUCAAGAUUCUCUGAGGUGGCUGAGCUCCUGAAUGUGUGUUGGCUUGAUAUUGGAGGCAAGAUGCAAACCCAAAUGCUGUCUCCAAAGACCACAUAUGUAGUUUACCUUGUCUUUGAACUUGCAGAGAGGAACUAUGGGCUUAGAGUCUCAUCAAAGGCAUCACUUAGAUUUGUUGGGGAAAGCCAAGAAGAGGCUGGAUGGUUGACCAACACAGUUUACUUGGGAUUGCCUGAACGUAGGCGAGGAUUGCGUAGAAGUGCAGCUAGACAACCUAAUGGUUGGCUUCCACAAAGGAGAGUAGAUGGGUGGAUGGAGAGUCAGCUGGGGGAGUUUUUUAAUGAUCAUGGAGUUCACGUUGAACUGGAGAUGCACUUAAAUGAGAUCGAACAUGGUCAUUGUAAGUCUGGCCUCAUUGUCAAGGGCAUUGAGCUUCGGCCUAUAGAAUAAAAGUAAUGCUACGCUAACUAAAUUUUGGGAUUAAAUUUAAAGUUCAAAUAACAUGACAACAUGUUAUUUGGAGUUUUUAUUGGGAUUCAAAUAAAAUGACACAAAAAAUAGAAGCUCAAGUCAACUGUCAUAUCAUUUAAACUCUAAAUUUGAUUCCAAAAUGUAGUCACCUUAGCAUUACUGAGAGAGUGAAUUGAAAA